CUACUGUACUGACUGUCUGCAUGACUGAGAUCUUCAACUUCGACAUUCAAAACUUCAACUUCGACAUUCCUUCACUUCCAAAUCCUGAGCACCAACACCGGAAGCCUUCACAGAUUUGAAUAUCAGCAAUCGCUGCAGUGUGAUGGCUUAUCUAAGGAACUGGAGGAAGCGUACUGCUGAAGUCCUUGCACUGGCUGACUUGAGUGAAGAGGAUGGAAUGCUGGAGAGUGUGGAUGAGGAGGUAUUUUCACCUUCAUUGUUACCUGAUCACUCAGAUAUUGAAUACUCAGAUGUGGUGUGGUCUGACUCAGACACCCAAAUUCUGUCCGAUGAGUCCUCAGAAGAAACUGUUCCUGAUCUGGGUGAGGAGCUUGCAGCCUGGGCCACCAGGAACAGCUGCAAGCGAACUGCUCUUAAUGAGAUGUUAGAGAUCCUAAGGCGACAAGGACAUCGGCUCCCAAAGGAUUCCCGAACACUGUUGCAAACACCAAAGAAAGUGGUAACAGUUGAAAAAUGUGGUGGACACUAUGCCUACUUUGGUGUUGCUUCUGGCAUAUUAAAUGUUUUGUCUCAGCAUCCAGGAAUCGUUGAGCACCUACAUUUGUGCUUUAACAUUGAUGGUGUGCCACUGUUUAAAUCUUCCAACUUGCAAAUGUGGCCCAUACUCUGCAACUUUGACAACUUUGUUCCUUUCAUUGUGGCCAUCUACUGUGGAGGUUCUAAACCAAAUUCAGUGGAGGACUACUUAAGUGACUUCCUCCAGGAGUUGCAGCAGUUGCAGGAAGAUGGCGUUGUUCAUGGAGGCGAAGCAAUUUCACUGUCUGUGAAAGCAUUCAUAUGUGAUGCUCCUGCCAGGGCAUUCUUGAAGUGCAUCAAGAACCACAACAGUUACCAUUCUUGUGAGCGAUGCACUAUCAGAGGCACUUAUGACGGAAGGGUUGUUCUUGGGGCCAAAGAACCAGAUGCAGUUCCAAGGACUGAAGACUGUUUCACUCAGUUGGUGUAUGAUUAUCAUCAAGUUAAGAUAUCCCCACUGUCUGUUGCUGGAAUCUCGUGCAUCCAUGGGUUUUCCUUGGACUACAUGCACUUGGUGUGUUUGGGUGUGGUUCGGAGAAUGUUGCAUUUCAUGAAGCAAGGGCCAAAUACAUGCAAAUUGUCAUUUCAACAAAGGAGCAGGAUUUCAGAUCAUCUGAAAUCAUUGAAUGGAAAGUUGCCAAGGGAGUUUUCUCGCCAGCCAAGGGGUUUGCAGGAACUUGACAGGUGGAAGGCAACCGAAUUCAGACAGUUCCUUCUUUACACAGGACCAGUAGUUUUGAGGGAUGUUCUUGCGCCUACUGUCUACAAGCAUUUUCUUGCACUCACAGUCGUCAUGUCAAUUCUGUUAAACUCUGAUGAUGUGCUGCGGAAUGAGUAUUUAGGGUAUGCCAGAGAUUUGACUGUGUACUUUGUUGAAAAGUCUGAAGAGAUUUAUGGAAAAACCUUUGCUGUGUACAAUGUACACUCGCUGACCCACCUGCCAGACAAUGUUGAGCAUUUCCAGUGUUCCCUGAACAAUGUUUCAAGCUUUCCAUUUGAAAAUUACCUCUGGACACUGAAGAAAAUGGUCAGGCAAAGUCGAAAUCCUAUCGCUCAGGUUGCCAAACGCUUAACAGAGCUGGAGAAGUCAACGACACACAGAGGUGUAGCUGUAGCCAAAGAGAUGUUCACUUGUGUAUCUACCACAUUAAGGGAUGGCUGUUUCCUUCUGGACAACAAGGAUUUUGCCUUUGUGAAGGAAAAACGUUCAGACGGCUCUUUGGUUUGUGAUGUGAUACAACAUAAUGAUACAGAGAGUUUCUUUGAUGACCCCUGUGAUUCCAGACUACUCAACAUCGUUCGUGUUAGAGACCUCAGCAGAGCAAAGCGCCAACUGAUCACGAGGCACAAGUUACACCGUAAAGUUGUCUGCCUGCCACUCCGCCGUGAGGCAACCAACUCAGGGUAUGUUCUAUUUCCAAUGCUACAUGGAGUAGAACGAAGUUGAACUGUACGUCUCCACCACCACUGGACUGCCACCUGCCUCAGCCUUCACCACUGAACUGCCACCUGCUACACCUAUAGGUCCCACCGCCAUUGGGCUGCCUCCUGCCUGAGUCUUCACCACACUGCUACCACCUGCCACUCACUCUGCCACCACCACCACGUCAUGGUUCCAGGUCUAGCACCACGGAAACACCAGGUCCAGAGCCACCACCACCAAUAGACUGCUUCAGCCUCCACCACACUGCUACCACCUGCUACUCACUCUGCCUCUACCACACUGCUGCCACCAGCCACUCACUCUGCCUCCACUGCCGAACUGGGCCACCAGGAACAGCUACAAACGAACUGCACUUAACCUGCCACUCACUCAGCCACCGCCGAGUUACCACCUGCUACACCUUUAGCCCCCUCCAUCAUUGGGCUGCCUUCAACCCCCAGAUUCCCAGUUCCACAUUGAAAUG